GAGGGCAGCUCCAUGAGGGCAGCUCCGCGAGGGCAGCUCCGCGAGGGCAGCUCCGUGAGGGCUCUCCCGUGAGGCUCCCCCGGCCGCGGGGGGAUGCUGCAGCCGGCGCUGCCGCCUGGGCUCGCCCGCGUUCGGUGCCGGCCCGGCCCGGUUCGGUUCGGUUCCAGCGCUGCCCCCGGGCCGUGCCAGGCCUGUGCCAGGGGGUUCCUGCUGCGGCGGCGGCUGCGGAGCGUGCGGGCGGAGUUCGAGGCCGUGGUGCUGGAGAUCGAGGGCGACCUGCGGCAGCUGCGCUGGAGCGGCCGCGUCCUGCAGAGACCGCGCUUCGGCGCCGAGGACGGCCCCGGGCCGGCCCCGGUGGGAUUCGGCGCUCCCGGUGCAGCCCGGCCCCGGGGCAGUGCCCAGCCCUCUCCAGGGAAACCCUUGGAUCCAGGGGAGACUGCAGAGAACAAAACCAUUCCCAGAAAAACCCGGCAGGAGCCGGAUCCUCGUGGAGCAGAGCGGGCUGGGAACUGUGGGAGCAUUCCCAACUCAGCCCCCCUGCCCUGGGGGACAGCCCCAAACCCCAAAAACCCCCAAAACCCCCCGGAUUUGAGGCGUGGUGCUGCAGAGAACAAAACCAUUCCCAGAAAAACGCGUGAAGAGCCGGAUCCUCGUGGAGCAGAGCGGGCUGGGAACAUCCCCAACUCAGCCCCCCUGCCCUGGGGAACAACCCCAAACCCCAAAAACCCCCAAAACCCCCCGGAUUUGGGGCGUGGUGCUGCACAGAGCCCCGAGGAGGAGGAGGAGGAGGAGGGAGGAGCCCUGGGGUGGGCCAGCGACAGCAGCGAGCUGGGAGCCAGCCCAGAAAUCCCAGAGGAGCUGCAGGGCCUGCCCCGCUGGGAGCUGCAAUCCCACAGGGAACAUCUCCUGCUGGAGCUGCUGUGGAUCCAACAGGCCAUCAGCAGCAGGAAACACUUCCUGCUGCUGAAGCAGAAGCUGGGCGUUCCCACCCCCCCAGCAGCAUUCCCGAGGGAGAAGCCCUGGAGCUGCAGCAGCCCUGAGGGGACAGGAGCAGCUCGGGGGAUGUUUCACCCCAGAAAAAUGGAAGAAAAUCCUUUUGUGGAUAUUUGGUGUGAGCAGGACUGAGCAGCAUCAGCCGUGGGAGGGGUCCCGGCUCGGGGUGGGCUGGAUUGUCACCCCCAGCUGGUGCUUUGGGGCUGCUGCAGGAAGGAGCUGCUCCCUCGAGCUCUGGGGAUUCCAGGGAAUCUCUCUUGGGGUGGCUCUGCAGUGGCCAGGCUGUCCCAGUGGAUUUUUGGGAGUGUUGAGUGGGGAGGAGUCCCUGGCUGGGCUGUGGGGAGGGAGGCCCAGUGCCCUGAUCCUUGGGAUGAGGCUCAUUCCUGCCUCUGGGAAUUCUCUCCUGGGGAGAGGCAGGAAAGGACCUGGUGCUUUGUCAGUUCCUUCAGCUCAGGGACACCCCAGGUCCCUCAGUCAGGGACUGUCCCCGUGGUGCUGUGGCUCCCUGCCCUGACCCUACUGCAGAUGUGGAUUUUUCUGCUCUGGAAAUUCUUUUUAUUUUUGGAAAUAAAAAACUUUUCCUGAUGCUGAA